AUGAGCUACUACUACGGCAACUAGUAUGGUGGCCUUGGCUAUGGCCUUGGUGGUUUUGGUGGCCUGGGUUAUGGCUAUGGUUCCAGCUAUGGUCGUGGAGGCUAUGGUGGCUAUGGCGGUGUCUACUUCCAUCCCUCUUUCUAUGGAAGACACUGGUCAUCUGGAUUUUACUGA